CGGAAGCGCCGGGCCGCUUGUCUGGCGGCCGCUGGGGCCCAGGAUCCCGGCCCGGGCCCAGUAUGUCUGCUCAUCGGAAGCACGUGUUUACUGAAAAAGUGCUGAAGAGACUUUUUCCUACUGUUUCAAGUGGCGGAGAUAAGGGGACGCCUCAGACUCUUGCUUUGGAGACACCACCCAAGAAUGUGACCCCUGAGGCGGUACAGCACACGCAUGAUCGUAGGCUGACAGACGGCGACACGAAGACCCAGCCUGAACGUCGGCUCUACACCGUGAGUUUGCCUCCUCCAGGGUAUAUUCCCAGUUUGCCAGAACCCACCAGCUGUGCGAACUCUGAAAAUGCUUCUAGUGGUGCUGACACUGAAGAGCCAGAUCGCCACGAUCAACCAAAAAGGAAAAGAAAAAGAAAACGCAAAUCCAAGAAAAACGUUAAAAACCUCAGUGAUGUUGCUAUAAAGGAAGCAGAGCUAGAGACACAGUCAGGUCUCUCACAAGAGAAACUGCACCCGGAGCAUCCGGAUGCCCCCAAGAUGAGCAAAAACAAAAGAAAGAAGCUGAAAAAGAAGCUGCAGCUGAGGAGGAAGAGAGCAGCUGGCUUAGUGACGAAGGCCUUGGGGAUCACUUUCCUGUAUCAGCCUGAGAGCGGCAGUGAGGCUGACGGGGACGACGUUGAGAGAGGAGAGGCCGAAGGUGACCAGGGGGGCUCAGUCUCCGGCCCCACCCAGGAGGACAUCGAACUUGCCAACAGUAAGGCAGACAGCCUCCUGAGUUUCCUCAGGUCAACACAAGAAAUUUAUUUUUAUGAUGAUACUUCCAAAGACAUCGAUCCAGCUGUGUGUGUAGAAACGACAGAAGAGCUGCUGAAGCUCCUUGAGUCUCGGAGCAUGCCUCCCUCAGAUGUGCUCAUUCUGGACCACAUGAAAACUCUGCUGCUUCUGCAGGACACUGAGAGGCUGCAGAGCGCUCUGAAGAUGUUCCCAGAGCAUUGUAUGAUGCCUCCUGACCAUGCCAGAGUAAUCUCAGCUUUCUUUAAUUACUGGAUCACACAUAUUCUUCCUGAAAAAACAACCAGUGAAUAAAGCAGUGCCUCUUUAAGAAGAGCAAUCUACUAUUUAACAAGAAGAUGUUAAACACAAAUGUGAUGUGAACUGAGACUUCAUUCUUGUACAUAAAGAUUUAUUUUCUUUGUGAAUCAAACCCGGAGACAUUGAAGACAUUUCUACCUUAUUAUUUAUUUUUGUGUCUGUGUAUAGUUGGUAAGAUAUUAAGUGAGAAAUUGGGGUAAAAUUGAAGUGUUUCAUUUGCUUAUUGUUACAUAUAUAUUGAAUUACUAUAUAAAUAGAUUUUUUCUAA